AUGGAACUCUUCGAUAACAUCAAAUGUAGCUCUGAGACCGAGGCUCUCCCAGGUAAAAUUAUCAAGAGAAUUCCACUCCCCUGGCGUUCAACAGACUUUAACACCCUGGCCCGCCAACUCGAUGAGAUCCAGAUCCAAAAAACACACAAUACCCAAGGACGCCAAUUUUUAAAUUCAUUCAGUCUUGAAAAUAAGCGAGCCACCUCAACAUUCUCUGCCUCAAUAUCUCUUCGCAAUGUUCCACGCGGCUUACCCAGAAACUGCUAUGCAGACGAAUACCUGACCAUGUUGUCUGAGAUCGAUGUCAAACUUCUCGAUCUCAAACCACCCAUAGAUUUUCCUAAGCUGUUGUCCUCAACUAAAGUGUCCUUAUCGAUAGACAUGAACCUCGUUUGUUUGGCCAAGGCGAUAAAGACGAUCCAUAGCUUGAUUUUCCAUGGCUGGAUUCCAAUUUGGUUCCUUUAA